AAAAAGCCUGUAACACUCGCCGUUUGUUGUGAAGCGGCGGGCUAAUGUGUAUCGGAUUGUAGCUUCUGAUGGCUUCAGACACUUGUGCGUGGGCUCAGAAGCGUUUUGAAAAUGGGCUGGAAACGAAAGUCAACUUCUCCAGACCCACAACCCAAUACUGCCAAAGCAACUAAGAGGGAAUCUUUCAGCAGAUCGCCAUUCUCACGCAAACUGUCCGCUAGUUCAUGGAUGAGGAAGAUCUCUACCCCCACUAAGACAAAGAGCUGGACCUCAGUCCACACACGGUUUCCACAAAAACACGUCCAGCAAUGUGAUUCCCUGGAACAGAAAUCCAGUGCAGACAUUUUUGAGGAUGAUGGUGUUCAGUCCUCCACCCCAGUUUCAUCCCCCCUGUUGUCAGAAGAGGAUGCAGAGCUGGGUCUCGUCAUCACUGUGGAUGAGGACAGGUUUGGAGGGAAAGAGUGGCUGAAGAGAAAGAAUGGAGUGAAUGUAAAGAAGUGUGUAAUAACUCAAAAGGAAGGAGAGAUCCCUGAGAAGGAUGGAGACAGGGGGGAGAUGCAAGAAGGGCUCGAGGAAGAGGAUGAGAGUGAGGAAGAUUUGAGGAAGUUGGACAGAGAUUUAACCCUCAAAUCAAAAAAGCUCAACCUCUCCUCUGUCAACGUUCGAAACAUUAUCCAUGAGGUGGUAACCAAUGAGCAUGUUGUGGCCAUGAUGAAAGCAGCCAUAAGAGACACCCAGGACAUGCCCUUGUUUGAACCUAAGAUGACACGUUCAAAACUCAAAGAAGUUGUUGAAAAAGGGGUGGGAAUGGGCAACUGGAAUAUCUCGCCAAUUAAGAAAUCAAAUGAGAUUAAGCCACCCCAAUUUGUGGACAUUCCCCUGAAAGAGGAGGACGACUCCUCUGAUGAAGAGUAUUGUCCUGAUGAAGAUGAGGAAGAUGAAACUGCUGAGGAGACUUUUAUGGAGAGUGAUGUGGAUAGCACAGCCUCCUCACCGCAUGGGAGCCGACAUUCUUUCUCUCAUUCGCCCUCAAAAUGUGAUGAUGCCAGCAACAGCCCUAGACUGAAACCAAGACCAUCAAGGCACUUGAGAGUUGAGGCAGUGCCUAUGGGUCCCCCUGCCCCACCUCCUCAGUCCUGUGGCACCUCACGGUCCCUCAGGGCCACUGACCCCUUCAUUGAGAAACUCCACGCUGUGGAUAAAGAGCUCGAACUCAGUCCUCUCUGUAUGGAACCUUACCAGACUUUGAGCAACAGUGGUGGUGGAGAGCCGAACAACAAUCUUGUAGCUUGUCGGACUCGGUCAAAGCGUCCGCUGAGAGACGUACCUCUGGAUCAGCUAGAGGCGGAGCUACGUGCACCAGAUAUCACACCAGAUAUGUAUGAUAAUGUCUCCACACCAGAGGACCGCGAAUGGACUCAGUGGCUACAGGGACUCAUGACCUCUCACCUGGACAAUGAAGAAGAGGGUGAUGAAGACGACGACCCUGAGUAUAACUUUUUAGAUGAUUUAGAUGAGCCUGAUUUGGAAGAUUAUCGAAAUGAUCGUGCUGUUCGUAUCACAAAGAGGGAAGUCAAUGAGCUCAUGGAAGAGCUGUUAGAGACGUUCAACGAUGAGUUGGCAGCUAAUGAACUGGAUGAGGAAGGUCACGAGGAAGAUGAGGAACGUGAUGAGGAGGCGAAUGACACGCUGCAAUUUAAUGUUCCACAAGCCAUCAGAUUUGAGGAGCCGCUGGCUCACAUGUUGACGGCAUGCAGGCGUACAGUCAGAGAGCAACUGGAUAGUCUUCAGCAGAGGCGGGAGAACCAAGCUCGGGCUACCCAGCCUGCAGCUGGGCCUGGCAUGGUUCUUGUGCAGCCCAGUUGUCCUCUGGUAGUCACUUCCACUCAGAGAGUACAGCUACAGCAGCAGAUACAGCAACAUGUCCAGUUAUUGACGCAGGUCAAUAUGCUUUGCAGCUAUGUGGGGGCACUACAGAGUGAAACUCAAACUACCAAACUUUUCCUGAGUGAGUUGCUGUCAUUUGCGGAGAGAGCCGAGGAGGGCAGAUCAGUGGUUAAUCCAGGUUUUAGAAGCUUGUUCAGAGUGUGUAACUUGCAGCCGUCCCUUAACCUGCUGGAAGAGUUAAACGAAUCUCCUUCUCCUCUUUAUCUCCCUCCCAAACCCACACGCCGUCACGCAGUCCAUCCCUAUCCAUUUCUCCCUGCUGGUCUCGCAUGGUUGUUUGCUACACGCUCUGUGUUUUUGUACCCUGAGCUCAUACCACACUGCAGUCUGGAUCCAGCCCUGCAUGCCCCACGCAGCAAAUAUUAUUACAGCAAAGGAGAGGACAGUCUGAUAGUCUUAGGGUUGAAGCACUUUGCUCAAACAGAGUUUCCAUAUCAGCUGAUGAGUCGGUAUCUGAUCCGCCCCAAGCGUCAGGAGCAGCUGCAUGUGCGUGUCAAGGACAUGGCGUCCAGCAGAGCUCCACACAACGUCAUUAAGUUUUACUGCCAGAAUGGCGUGGUUCCUCCUUUGCCUGUAAUGUGCAGACCUGUAUUACCGGGAGAGGAGCACCCUCCUGUGGAGAGAGAGCAGAAUGUCAUGCCCAACUGGCUUCGGAAAAGCUUACCACACAUCCAUAGGGCAGUUUCACAGACCAAUUUAGAGGUGACCUCAACCACCAAAUCUCCUGCCCAUGUCUUCCCCAAAAAAAUACAAUACCCACAAUUCCUCCCUAAAGGCAUCUCUCUGCGCCUGCACCCCUCAAGGAAAGCAAGUCUCCCUUUGCAGACCAAAGCCAGGCCUCUGCAUGGGUUUUCCCGACCUGCUCUUAUGCCAUUGGCUAAAGCCCCUAUAUGCCCCACAGGUACUGGUAAUUUAUUGACUAGUGUCUCCACAGCUCUUCCAUCUAAUAGUGUAAUUUUGUUGGCCCAAGGACCUAGCACUCCUGCAAAUGGGUUCCUCCCAUUGGUCCAAACCCCUCUAGCACCAGCACAUGGGACUGUGCCACUUAGCACUCCUUUUCCUAUUAACUUUCAGUAUGUUACUCCAGAAUUGGGGUCUUGUAACCCAGCCUACAAUUCUGCAAACUUGCCCCCCACUCUAGUUCAGAUGUCCCCAUCUGCUUCUGUUGACAGCCCUUUACUUACCACCAGGUCAGUUAAAACAUGUGGCACGCCCCGAGCACAACAGAUAUCAGAUAAGCGCAAGAAACAGACUAUCCCAAGAAAACUUGCACCUUUGAAACCAGCCACUCAACUGCCCCAAUUAUUGCCCCUACCAUCUAGGAGUAUAGGUAGUUUAUAUAAUUCUGCUGUUGUUAUGGACCAGGCAACAUCCUUGAAUUUUACACUGAAUUUUGCAUCAGAUACCACUUCUACCAUGGUGGUUAUCAAUCCUUCUUCCACAUCGGCUAAAGAAAACGGCCUUCAUCUGACUGCUGAACAGAGAUUGGUCGCAUCCUCUUAUACCCCUCCCGUUCAGGACCUUGUCAUACAGUUAGUCCCUGGAACACAGGCUCUGGAGAACACUUUGAGUAGAACAACACUGGCAACAGAAUGUAACUUUUUGCAAACCUUGAAUGACACACUCAUCCAAAAUAGCGUCGAAAAUGGACAAAUGACCAUAAAUCACAAUUCUGGAUCACUAAUGACUCUUACAAGCAGUAUUCCAUCAGCCAGCUCACAGAUCCUCUCACCUCUCAAAGCAGCACCAGCAGAAAAAUCUCAGUUUGUGCUAGUUCAGAGUGUUUCACAUACAGGAGAGCCUCAGUUUCUACUUCUGCCCAACGACUCAAUUGUUGUAAACCAAACUGCCCGACUUUCUGCUGAAGAUGCAUCAGUGAGUUCAUCAAUGGUGCCACAACGGCAAACUGCCUGUUCUGAGAUUCCCACUAGUUCCGUUGUGCUAAAUAACAAAGGAGGGACUGAGGUGCCUUUAAACAUCAUAACACCAGCAAAGUCUUUGCUUGUCAGAGAUGGAGAUGCUAGGGAAAGUAAGGAGGGGGAAGAAGAAAUGGUUGGAGACAGAUGGGAAGAGAAGAUGGCAAGUGCUCUGUUUGGAAGUCCUCUCCUGGCACUUUCAGAGUCCUCCUGUAGCCCAGAACCCAGUUUGACCAGCCCUGAUUCCAACACGGAUGAUGGUGCUGAAGCCAGAGAUAGGAUGGAGAUGGACAAUAGAGAUAGUUCUGGAGGUGAUGAGACAAGGCAUCUGGCUGAUAGUGAGCAAAGAAAACAGGAUAGUGUUGCAGUAAAGCAUCAACCUGUCCACUCUGGGUCUGAUACACAGGAAACACCAGGAGUGAUCAAACAUAGCACAGGAGAUGGAAAGGAGCAGCAUGCCAGUGGGGGAGAGAAACAGAACAAUGGAAAUGAGGGUGAUGGUCAGGAAAGACAAAGAGAGGAGAGGGAGAGUGGGGGAGAUGAAGAAUGUGAUGGAGAUAAAGGAGAGAAGAAUGGAGAUGAAGGUGGCAGUGGAAAUGGAAAUGGAGAUAAAGAAAGGGAAGAGAAGGAUGGAGAUGGAGAGCGGGAUGAGGAAGAGGAGGAUUUUGAUGACUUAACACAGGAUGAAGAUGAGGAGGAAGUGAUGUCAUCAGCAUCAGAGGAAUCUGUGCUUUCAGUGCCUGAACUUCAGGAGACAAUGGAGAAGUUGACCUGGUUGGCAUCAGAGAGGAGAUUGUGCAGAGAGGGAGACUCAGAUGAGGAAAACUCCCCCACGUCCCCAACAUCCCCAAACUCCCAGAACUCCCCUGCAUCCCAGAAUUCACAGGAGGAGAACUCUGAGGAUGAGGAGGAUGGGGUGAUGAAGGGUGAUGAAAUGGAAGCAGGGGAAGGGGAUGGUGGAAAGCUUCCUGAGGGAGAUGCACCACCCGGGGAUGACCCCCCACAGACCAGCGGGAGAGGAGGAGGCCGUGGCAAAGGGCGUGGUCGCCCCCCUCCUCGUAGUCUGAAGCGCUGUCGCCGUCAGGAACGAGGCAGUAAAGAUACCGCGAAGCUUGUCCUACUCUAUGAUGACCACAUCCUAGACAACGAUCCAAUGAGAGAGAGCAAAGACAUGGCUUUUGCCCAGGCUUAUCUCAGCAGGGUGCGUGAGGCAUUACAAGAUGCCCCUGGUAAGGUAGAAGAGUUUUUUGGGCUGCUUUAUGAGUUCGAUCAGGCAGGCAACAGCCGUAGUAUUGUAGAACUUUUCUCCCAGCUGAAACCUUUGCUCAGGGACUGGCCUGAUCUCCUCAAGGACUUUGCUGCAUUUCUCUUGCCCGAACAAGCAUUGGAGUGUGGACUGUUUGAGGAGCAGCAGUCAUUUGAGAGGAGUCGUCGGUUCCUGCGGCAAUUGGAGAUCAGUUUUGGGGAGAAUCCAUCUCAUUAUCAGAAGAUAGUAAGAGCGCUACAGAGUGGAACUGCACUUAAUCCUGCUGGUAUUGAAGAGCUCAAAGCCCAGAUGGCCACCCUUCUUAAAGGCCACACCCACCUACAGGGAGAAUUUUGGAUGUUUUUCGAUGAGAUGCGUCCACCUCCAGCACGUCCUGGCCAGUUUGAGGAGGCGGUUUGGCCGGAAGAUGUGGGGACUGGGACAGAUGGAGAAGGAGGGAUAUAUGUGGGCUCUGGUGAAGCAGUUCGGGGGGGAUUUGAGGAGGUCACACUCCCUGAUCUGGAGGAGGAUGAAGAGUCACACAAGAUACGACCGAUUAGCAACAGGAGCAAGAGAAGGAAAGAAAUGCGCACACAUGGCAAUUACAAGGACUGUGAUUGGCCAGAGAAAGAUUGCUCCUGUCCCUGUCAUGACUCCAGCCACGAUGCCAAACAUCGCAGGCAUAAGAGGAAAGGAUGCAUACGUUGCCACAGCAACAAGGCCACCAAUGUAUCUAAAGUGCUGAAGAGUCGGGAUUCUACAUAUCCAUCUGUCGAUACACAGUCUGAAAGAGGAGGAGAAGACAAGGAUGAGGCAAGAGGACAAGUGGAAGAUGGAGAGACAGAGAAGGAGGUUAAAGAUGAGUCUGGUAGUGGAGCAAACAGUCCACAUAAUGAUGGUGAUGGGCCUAUGUGGGCAGGAGGUGAGAGACACCCUUCCCCUGUCCCAGAUGAGCAGGAACAGAAUGAGGAAGAUGAGGAGAAAAAAGACGGAGAAGGGAGACUUCACACGAUUCCACUAAAUGACAGCAGGGAUGCAGUUGAAACAGGAGAGAGAGAUGCUAUUCAGCAGAGCACACUGAGUCCUGCCUUAGACACACCCGUCUGUGCCAAAAACAUCUCGCUUACUCCCAGUGGAGAGAAGGUCAUCCUCUGGACCAGGGAGGCAGAUCGAGUGAUCCUUACUACCUGUCAACAGCAAGGAGCAAGUCAGAGCACUUUUCAGGCCGUGUCAGAGCAGCUUGGAAACAAAACAGCCAACGAGGUUUCACAGAGAUUUCGGGACCUGAUGCGUCUGUUCCAUACAUCAGCUUGUCAGGCCAGCUCAGAGGAUGAGGCUACUGAACAGCAAUCUGCCACUGACGAGGAGCAGGACUGAGCCCUACAGUCAUAGAAUUUUUUUCUCCAUCCAAGUGAACUGUUGCCAGUGUGUAAUAAAAUGUACUGGCUACAGUUGUACUGAUUGGAAACUACUAAUGCAUAUAAACUCCAUGUCUUGCACUGACACCAGCCACAAAAUGUAUUUUACAUGGGGAUAGGGGGUCUGCAGCCCCUCUUUAAUGUAGGAAGUAUAAUUUCACUUUGAUAUGAAGGUAUUUUUAGACAUGCUGAAGACAUAAAACCAACAAACACAAAAGUUAUUGAACAUAUUAGUAGCACAUAAACCGCUCUCAGGCUCUGAUAGGGCUUGAUUGUUGUAUUGCUAUUCAAAUUUCAGGCAAGUUCUAUGGCCUCUUGCCUAUGGGAGAUUUUACUUUAGCACAAAAUGAAACUUUUGAUUAUUGUAAAGCAGCAAAAAAUCAUUUUUCAUUGUAAUGCACAAGCCAGCAGAUUCUCUCCAACAUUGUUACUGACAGAUUGAUUGUACAUUCUGUGAAUACAUGAACAUAGGGGGGGGGCAUGUACAGUUUUUAUAUUGGGGUGGUUGUUUUUAUUUGUCCUUUAGAUAUUAGUUUUGAGAACAUUGAAAAAGAAUCUGAAAAGAUAUCAAAUAAAAAUAAUAUUUAU